CUGGGUGCUAAUUAUGAUAGUUGAUCUAUCUUAUAGCCAAGAAAAUUAGACAGAGAUUCUAGCUGAAAAACAAGACGAGGCUCCAGCGGAAAUAGGCCGUGUAAAUGAGUUUACCGCCAGAUAUCUUGCAGUGGACUAGUUGAUAGCCUUGAGCURACUCUAUUCCGACAUAUCUUAACAGCAACAAAUAUGACUUUGUUGAUCACAAUAUUUCAUAGUAUUAUCUAUUUUAAUUAUCUACUGACAAAAUGCUGGUACAGUGCUCGCAAAAACAACAUUACAAAUAACUGUCUUUUGUGGUACUUGAUGGAAUUCACUUAGACUUUUUUGUUCUUGUUUAUUUACGUCUUGACAAAUUAUUUAUCAUUUCGUCUCAUCUUUUUUACUUGUAGAAAAUCGAAAAAUCCUCCGUUAAUAUCUUUACAUCUCUCGCUCAUUUGGACGCACUCAGGACCAUUAUUUAUAGACUGUCCGUAGAAGUGGAGUCCCCUUUAAGUUGUKUGCUGUAUAUUUUAUUAUUUUUGUUGAUCGUAAUAGUGAUGUGUGUUCGGUAUAGCGGGGUUUCGUUASUCUUAUGUCUGUUGUAGUGAUAGCGACUUGUCCGUAAGUGUGGAAUGUUCAUAUGUAACGGUAGAUUGGCUCGCCCACACAAUCUUCUCCCAUACAUCCAUCCAUUUAUUAUAAAUUCAACUAAAUACAGCUACUCUAGGGUUUCUGAUGAUUUUCCUCGGGCUUAGAUUUUGUCUUCCCUUUCGAAAUCCCAUUUUGUUUUGGCAUCUAUUUUGUAAUGUCUCUCCAGUUAUCCUGUUGUCCUUUCAGCUGGCUUCAAUAUCCAUUUUCACAUCUAGUACAAGCUCAAGAUAAAUUUCUCUUGUAAACCUAAACUAUCAAACUUUGCUUGAAAUAUUAUUUUACAGACGCUCGACUCGUCAUAAUUUCAUCGUCCCAUAAGUUAACUGAAAAGUGAAAAAAAAGCGAUACUGUUUGAAAUAGUGCUCUAACCUUCUUACAAAGAUCACUUUCAAAUUUACCGUUCAUUAAUUAAAAUUCUAAUUAAUAAUCUUGUUGAAUCGACAAUCUUGCCAUUAAAAAUGUCAUCAAUUUACAACGAUGUCGUUUGUUCUUAAUAAUGAAUAUUCAUUAUGGUAUUAAAAGUUCUCAAAAAGAGAGAUAAAGGCAACGUAAUACAAGUCUAGGAACUCGAACUCCAGUUGGAAUUUCAUACUURCAAGUCGACAASUUURAUAUUUUUUUAACGGUCAAGUUUCUUGUCUAUGAAGAUGCUAUCAGCUUUUAAAUUGCAGCGAGAACGCUCUGCKAUCUAUUUGGGCUAUUAGUUCUAUCARGAACAUCCCAUGAGAAGCUUAGGCUAGUCGGGUAAGCAAAGUACUUCUAAACUAGAAGAGUUUAUAGCGUCAAACAGAGAGUCUKAAAGCUUUUACAUCACUACCAGAACUGCCUGUUUUAUUUCUCCUUGUCAUGCUGUGGUUCUAUUCAGUGUCGUGAAAGUCAAGAUAACUAAUGAUUACAAGUUUAAAUUAGAAAAAAAAAAACAACAACACAACCUUUCUUGUUCUUCAUAAAUGUGCUUAUCGGAUAACUAGAAUAUCAUAACAUUGAAUGCGAAGAAAGAAAACUUAAAAGUAAACUUUAUAUUUAAUAAUCUUUAUCAGUUCAAUACAAGUUUAUCACCUUAUUGAAUGAUAUGAAGUUUAUGUUUAAGUCUUUUUGAUUAUGCCUAACGAGAAAAUAGACGGGAAAUAAAGAAAUGUCAAUUUUAUUUUUAAAAUUAUGCACACAGCACGUACAGUACUGUGAAAAUUAACUUGGCAGAAAAGGUGAUAUAUAAUCUUUGUCCUUAAUCCUAGGCAAGACAAAUAUCAGUUCUAUGUAUUUUAGUUGUUAAAGGUGUAAAUUUAUAUAACGUGAGCAUUAUUCCACAAUGUAAAAAAUACAUAAUUUUUAUGUUUCAUUAUAACGAGUGAUAUGUUAUUUAAAGCGAUGACGUACAGUUGAGGCACUUUUACAUUUCAUCAACAGCAAAAAAAAAAAAAAAMACACAAACAUUCUUGAUUAUCUCGGCUUGUUUUCAACAGAAAUAGUAAUCUUAGGACGGAAAUUUGAGUUUAAAUUUAUAAUUGAAAUUAGAAAAAGAGAAGGGAAUUUCCUUUACAUUGUAUAUAGAUUAGUUUUAAUUAUCGAGAGCUUUCCUUCGGCUGUUGAAAUUUGUACGUUUUUCCAUAGUUAACCCUCUACUAACUAUGUUUUUUUUCUAUCUAGUUUUCUCUCGAUUCUGCUCUCAACGAUCUUCAACUUAUGCUAAAUACAAAAACUCAAACUUUUCCUCGCCUACACGGGUACAAAAACUUGCAAAGUCAACUUUAGAUAUGAACUUUUUCUUAUCAAAUGGAACAAUAAUAAUUGCAAAGCCGAAAAUAGUCGUUCUUAUCACAUCCCACGAAUGCAUCGUAGACAGAAAUUCACGAAAUUCGUGAAUUAUAAUCGCAGCCAAUGCAUGAAAUUCACAAUUGUUUUACAUAUUCAGCAUAAUCACAAACGAAAAGAAAAAGAUCAUUUAUUCAUUACGUUCAAAAAUUAUGGUAGCAGAUUGUUCUUUGGCUGGCGAAUAGUAAAAAAGAAAAAAAGUUUGGUAUUGAAAGCCGAAGAAAACCGAAAAAUAUGGCGGAUGUGAAACGUCUUUUAAAAAAAAUCCUAUACAUUUAUYGUAAGCGCAUAGAAAACAAGCUAGGCCUAUUAAAUAUUGUAUUCAUUUUAAUCAUCAAAAUUACAUUUUAAGCUAAAGGUUUUAGUUUUUGUCGGUGCCGAUCUUCCUACUCAAUUUGAUUAUUCUAUAAUGCAAUAGUCGCGUCCAUGAAAGAGCAAAAGRCCCGAACUAGCUUAAAGCAUAUCACAUUAAAAAGAAUUAAAAAUUGAACACUAUUGAAAUAAGGUUUUCCCGACUACGCUACARAUUUACCCCACCCUGGAACCCCAUAUUAGGCAUUGCUUGCUACAAUUGUACAUAUUGUCAAAGUUAUAAUGAGUAAGUAUUUCCUCGUGUUUUCUGUUUCAUUUCCUUCUGUAAUUCGGUCGUUAUUGUCACAUUAUGCAGGGGCGGACUAGUGAUUAGGGUUGAUCAAAAAGUCUUUAAGAUUAGUAGCUGUUCGAAGCGUCUUUACCAUCUGUCAGCCAUGCGUUUCAAUCCAAGAUGUCAAACUGAUAACUGCUCCAAUUGACGGGUUAAAUUAGGAAAGAUCUUGAAGCCACUUAGAAAACCUGUGRAACUAGYUGGAGAACAGUUGCUUGAAGCAYUGAAAGAGUGGCAUCAAAGAGCGAGUAUUUUUUGGGUGCCUAAAAGAUAAACUCAGAUUAAGUSACUCUCUCUCGCUGCAAGACCACAUUCCAGUAAACAGCUGUACUUUUGUCCUUCAAGACCGUGUUCAACUASACAAGUGAACUGAUCUUUGAUGAAGUUAAAAUGGCGAAUGUAACGCUCAAUGGAACACAACCUCCAAUCUUACAAGRCCCUGCUCAACCAUACGUCGAAGAGCCGCCUCAGUCAAAAUUCUUUCGUUAUGCAAUGUAUUUGAUCUUGUUUAUAUUGGCCGUGGGAGGCAACAUCGCCGUUGUCCUGGUACCAAUACGYCAGAAACGAAUGAGAAACUUUACAUACUUCUUGAUCACCAAUCUGGCUGUGUCUGACAUCGGUUCCAUGCUCUGUCUACCGCCUCUCCUGGUCUCAGAAUAUCUAGACUCCAACUGGACGAUGGGAUUGCCGAUGUGCAAGCUUGUCAACCCUGCCUUAACAAUGUUCAGCUUGAUAACGACCAACUCUUUGGUUGCGAUAGCCAUCGACAGGUUCAUGGCGUUAGUUUUUCCAUUCAAGCGAAGACCCAACGUGAAGGAAAGUAUCCUUGUCAUUUCACUGACGUGGUUGGUCGCUUUUGGCCUUGUGUUACCUUCAUUUGGAGCAAGAGAACUUUUCAAGMUUGUUCAUCACGGCCAAACAUAUAUGAUCUGUCGCGAAAUGUUCCCRGAYAAAACCCUCGAAUUAGCGUACAACGUGUCCCUCUACCUCAUCAACAACACAAUGCCGAUCCUCAUCAUCUCAGCCGUCUAUGCUGUCAUCAUUAUCAAGCUCAGAGGAGUUUCCUUCACAAAAAUGUUUAAGAGAAAAUCAUCGAAGGAUUCAGACGUCGCCAACUUUGCCAAACCAAACGGCCUCACAAGCGAUGAAUAUUAUAAGAAACAGAAGCAUGAUCGAGAGAAGAAAUUCACCAAAAUGUUGCUGAGCGUCGUAAUUGUGUUUGUGCUGUUCUACGUGCCUGUUCAGACGUACUUUCUUCUGUAUUCAUUGAAGGUUGAAUAUAGGUGGAAAUACACCGUCGUCCUUUACUACUACCUCUAUUUGAUGAUGUGGGUCCCGAACGCUCUCAAUCCAAUCCUAUACGGYUCUAUGAACGAGCAAUAUGCCAAGGCAUUCAAACGAAUAUUCCGUUGUAAGGGCGCAGGUAGRGAUUAUGGUUCGACYACAAAGGGUUCCUAUUCUCGUGCACCGAUGACUAUGCAGUCGCAAAAUGAUGGGACACUCUACAACAUUAACAAAGACACUAACCAGACAGAAAUGUGAAGGGAUGGUGCYUGUCGACAAAUUCACGCCURGUAUGUGAGAAUAAUUUCAAAACACACGCGAACUUAAACGUAUAUGUUCAAGGCAUUAACACUAAACAGUAUCAGACGUUGUUAAAAAUUAUCCGUUCGCAAGAAAACGAACAAAARAAACAAUCAACAUCACAAUCAACAUCACAAGGAGGUGAAGCAGUCCGUGAAACAUUCCCGCGCUUUAUGAUGACUUUAAGAAAACAAGGAGUGUAGAGGAUAUAUUUUGUAAAGAGGCUUUCAGACGUGGUUAUCAGACUGUGCUAAGGACUGUUAAUCCUUUUAAAGCUCUUGCAACAACACAUGUGAUAACAUUUUAUAAUUAUGUAUGCCACCCGUAUAUGCUCGCGGUAAUCUGACCUGCGCUUCUGCUAACUAGUUCCGAACGCGCAAAGCGAUCAAAACGCCAAAAAAAAAGUCAACAAAUUAUAUAUUGCUAGCAAUAGCCAGGUAUUGGAUUUUUUUCUGRUAAAAUGAGAUAGUUUAGAUAUCAACAUGUAAAAUGUAAAAGAGAGCUAGUAUAUCAUUCAUGUCAAUCUGUCUUGGGGAAAUACUGUCCUACAGUUAUAAAUUCUAAUAGUUAUAUUGAAUCGUCCAAUAAAAUGGUGCUGACUAAAAUUUAGCCUCCUCCUAGGCAAACUUUUAUUUUGCCCUUGGAUUUUUCUGGUAUCCUCUUGACCGUACCUUGUCCUUGAUUCACAUAACACAGUCCCACAAUCCCUUGCAGUCCUAUCAGUAAACAGGUAGCCCAAUCGUAUAAAACUAAGGGAAAAGGCUGGAGAGACUCAGCGGAGGAGGCUAACUAAAAUAAUGCUUACAAUAGACUACUAUUGAUAUUCUAGUUGAAUAGUCUGCAUGCUGGACAAGAGAAUUGAUCAAGACGAGUCACCGGGGAGUACUGCCAAUGUAACCGCCAUCCUGGAUUCUUUUGUCUAUUGCCAACCAUAAUUUCAAAAGUAAACUUUUGACGCAUUGUUUGUAGGUCUACAUACGCGGUGUAUAUAUUGUAACAAAUUUAAUGUCGUUAGGGCCUGGUUUCUAGAAUAUCCAAGAUGCAACUCAAAAGGGCAUGUACGUACUUGUACUUGUAAACAGUUGUAGUGAAUAAAAGCAAUUCCAAACGCA